UAAAAAAACACACUUUUGUUUAUAUUCUGUUUGCAAUUUAUUAACACAUUUUUAUAUAACUGUUUAGAUUUAUUUAAAGUUGUAUUGAAAACAUGGCCUUAUUUCAAAUGAAAUGGCUGCGCCGCUUGGUGAGACGUAACACUAAUCCCAUACCAGAACUACAGGCUGCUGUGUGGAAACGCCGCUUGAGUAUUACAUAUGCCGUGGUGGCCUGGAAUGCUUUCGGGUUUGUUUGCUACAUGGUGUUCAGUGGACGCAGCGACUGGGCCCAAUAUUAUGGCUACAAAACAGAGGAUGAGAAAAAAGAGUCACAGGCGGUGCAAUUCAGCAAACGUUUAAAUGUUGAAAAGGGUAAAAUUAUUAGAUAUUCCGGAUUUACCAAAAUAGACGAACUAGAAUUUGAUAAUACCAAGGAAAAGGAGAAUUAAAAUAAAGUGUUUAUUAAAAUCUAAAGAAAAAUAUAAAAUUUUAUUUGCCAAAUAA